AUGGCAACCGCGGCGGCCCGGGGCCGCUCCGGGCCGCAGACAGCGCGAGCUGAGGCGAUGGCGACCGCGGCGGCUGAGAGCUGCGAGGGGCCGGGCCGGCCCGGGCCGCUGCAGGACCAGACGGCGGGCGUGGUGUCGGUGCCCUCCCAGUGGAGGGGCGCCCAGGGCGUCCGCGGGGAGACGAGAAGCUGCCAGACGGCCAGCAUUGCCACCGCUGAGGUAUCCACCCAGGUCCAGAAGCGUGCGGAUGCCGAGGUGCAGACCGAGCCGCCGGGCCCGGUUGCCAUGCUGCCCGCGUGCCAGCUGGACAGCCCGAAGCUGGCGGCCUUUCUUCGGAGGGUGGAGGGCAUGGUCAUCCGAGAGCUGGACAAGAACAGGCAGAGCCACGCGUUUGAUGGCUUCGAGGUGAACUGGACGGAACCGCAGCAGACGGUGUCCUGCCUGCACACCCUGGGCUACCCCCCAGCCCAAGGGCAGGGGCUACACGUGACCAGCAUCUCCUGGAACUCCACCGGCUCUGUGGUGGCCUGCGCCUAUGGUCGACUGGACGAUGGGGACUGGAGCACGCUGAAGUCCUUUGUGUGCACCUGGAGCCUGGCCCGCCGGAGCCUAAACCCCCAGCAGCCAGCCGCUGUCGUCGAGGUGCCCAGUGCUGUCAUGUGUGUGGCCUUCCACCCCUCGCAGCCGGCCCUCAUCGCAGGUGGGCUGUACAGCGGCGAGGUGCUGGUGUGGGACCUGAGCCGGCCCGAGGAUUCGCUGCUGUGGCGCACAGGCCUGACGGACGACACGCACGUGGACCCUGUGUACCAGGUGGACUGGCUCCCUGGGCCUCAGCACAGCCACCGCUUCCAGCUGCUGAGCGCGUCCACCGACGGGAAGGUGCUGCUCUGGCGGGGGACGGGUGCGGGGCUGCUGCAGCUCGCAGAGGGCUUCGCACUGGCUGCGCAGCAGCUACCACGCAACACCAAGCUCAAGAAGCCUACCCGGGGCGAGACCGAGGUGGGCAUCACGGCCUUGGCCUUCUCCAACUUUGACCCCUGCCUGUUUGUCCUGGGCACGGAGGGCGGCUUCCCGCUCAAGUGUUCCCUGGCCGCAGAGGAGGCGGCCCUCACGAGAAGGCCCGGCUCUGUGCCACUGCGGGCCCCGGCACAGUUCACCUUCUCCCCCCACGGUGGGCCAGUCUACUCUGUCAGCUGCUCCCCCUUCCACAGGAACCUCUUCUUGAGUGCCAGCACAGAUGGCCACGUCCACCUGUACUCCAUGCUGCAGGCCCAGCCCCUGACCUCGCUGCAGCUCUCCCAAAAGUACCUGUUUGCCGUCCGCUGGUCUCCCGUGCGGCCCUUGGUGUUUGCAGCUGCUUCUGGGGAAGGUGAUGUGCAGCUCUUUGACCUCCAUAGAAGUCCCCAGAAACCCACCGUUUCGAUCAAGCAAACCCUGGAUGAAAGCCCCGUGUACUGUCUGGAAUUCAACAGCCAACAGACUCAGCUUCUGGCUGCCGGGGACGCCAAGGGCAACGUGAAGAUCUGGCAGCUGAGCUCAGAGUUCACCAGCCAAGGGCCCCGAGAAACUGAGGACUUGGAACAGCUGCUAACUGAGGGGGCCACCUGAGGGGCCCCGAAGUCCAUAGGCAAGUGGUGUGAGGCUGUACGGGUGUGGCGUCAAUGAAGAAGCAAAGCUUUCA